AUGGCUCCUGGGAAUGGGUCUUUCGUGACUGCAUUCAUCCUGGUGGGGUUAACAGACCAACUGGAUCUCCAAGUUCCCUUGUUUUUCCUGUUUCUAUUAAUGUAUAUGGUCACUGUGAUGGGAAAUUUGAGCCUGAUAAUCCUAAUUGGGAUAAAUUCACAUCUACACACCCCCAUGUACUUUUUCCUCUUUAACUUGUCCUUCACAGACCUCUGUUAUUCUUCAGUACUUACACCCAAAAUGCUGAUAGAUUUCUUAUCGAAGGAGAAUAUUAUUUCUUACAUGGGGUGCAUGACUCAGUUCUACUUCUUCUGUUUUUUUGUCGUUUCUGAAUGCUAUGUGCUGACAUCAAUGGCCUAUGACCGCUAUGUGGCCAUCUGUAACCCACUCUUGUAUAAUGCUGCCAUGUCCCCUAAAGUGUGUUCCAGCCUUAUGCUUGCUUCCUACUUGAUGGCAUUUUCUGGUGCCAUGGCUCACACUGGAUGCAUGCUGAGGCUGAUCUUCUGUGAUGCAAACACCAUCAACCAUUAUUUNAAACUGGCUGUCCAUCUGAAUCUCCCAGGCAUUGAUGAAGGACACAGCAUGCCACGCUGA